CCACGGUUCUCUGAAUCCGCAAAAGAAACCACUAUUUAAGGAGUUAUGUUUCUCAUAACACAGUCUUUUCUAAACAAUACCCUCUCUCACACACAAACCUUUCUUUCUUCCUUCCUUCACUUCCUUCCCCUUAUCCUCUCUUCAGUUACACACAUUCUCAGCAAAACUUUGUGAUCAUUGUUUAUUGCCACAUCCUUAUCCAAUCUUGUGACAGGACUUAAAAAGUGUGUGAUGCAAGCAAUGGAGAAUAACAAUUAUCAGAGAGAAAUAAUGGAAGAGCAAAGGUUUGAAUUGCCACCAGGAUUCAGGUUUCAUCCAACAGACGAAGAACUCAUCACUCACUACCUCUCACAGAAGGUUCUUGAUAGCUGCUUCUGUGCAAGAGCCAUUGGAGAGGCUGAUUUGAACAAGUGUGAACCAUGGGAUUUGCCUUGUAUGGCCAAAAUGGGUGAAAAGGAGUGGUAUUUUUUCUGUGUGAGGGACAGAAAAUACCCAACUGGUCAAAGGACUAAUAGGGCCACUGGUGCUGGAUACUGGAAGGCCACAGGCAAGGACAGAGAGAUAUACAAGGCAAAGACACUGAUUGGAAUGAAGAAAACUCUGGUUUUCUACAAAGGAAGAGCUCCAAGUGGUGAAAAAUCUAACUGGGUCAUGCAUGAAUACAGAUUAGAAAAUGAACAUUCUGUGCAAAAUCCACCCAAAAAGGCCAUGAAUGAUUGGGCCAUCUGCAGGAUUUUCCAGAAGAGUAAUUGUGGGAAGAAAAUGCCCAUUUCUAGGUUGUUGAGGUUCAGCACUUUUGCAAAGGACAUACCUUCAUUGAUGGAUUCUUCUCCAAACAACAACAACAACAGUGAAUCAAAACCUGUUUUGGGGGAGUCAUCACAUGCAACCUGCUUCUCUGAUCCAAACCAAAGUGAGGAUAAAAAAACAGAAAACGAAAACAUAGCUGAAAGCUAUGAAAUCAUCAUGUUGGCAUCUUCAUAUUCUUCAAACCCCUCUGAUGUUUCCCCUGACUCAUGGACUUUUUCCAAAUCUGCCCCUACUGUGUCCCACCAAUCACUCCAAGUUGGAAACUCACACUGCUCAGAUUACUUCAUGCUUCAUCAGGAACAGUCCAUGUUGGGGAUGUUGAUUGAAAACCAUGGAUCAAGUACUGGCCAAAGAACUCAGAAAGCUCAGGAUAAUAAUAAAGACUUUGAUGCUGACAUGUCCUCGGUGAUGUACAACAACAAUGAAAUGUUUCAAAGAUCAUUUGGGAACCAGGAAUAUUCAUCACCUUCUGUAGGACAUGUGUAUUCUAGUGGCCUAUGGGGAUUUUAAAGGUUGAAGGAAAUUAUAUGCAGAUUAAAAUCAGAGAAACUUUAGGGAUUAAAUAUUAUUAUACAUGUAAAUAAAUUGCUUUUAAGCUAAUGUUAUCCUACAAAGAACAGGAAAUUAAUGGAUGUUAUAGUUUUCCAAAGUUGUAUGGGUUGACAGUUUUAUAUUAUAAUAGUAAAUUCUUAUAGUUUUUUUUUAAA